GAGCCCGAAGCAGCUUCGUUGUAUUGCAGGCAUUUGCAUAUUCAUAAACCUGGUGAUCUUGGUAAUGUAUCAAUGAAUAAGUUACCAAUUGGCACAAAGUACAUAGUCGUUGAUGCAGGAGGUGGAACAAUAGACAUAACAGUACACGAGACAGGAAGUCAGCAAACACUGAGAGAAGUAAGACCAGCAAGUGGUGAUGAUUGGGGAGGUAUAAUGGUUGACAAGGAAUUUGAAAAAUUGCUUGUUAGUUUGGUAGGACAAACCGUUUUUGAAGAAUUCAAACAUACCGAAAAAGAAGAUUGGCUUGACAUGCUCAAAGAAACGAGAGGCAAAUUUGGACAGUGAAUGUAAAAUAGGGAUGCGAUUUCCAGUUUCUCUAAAUGAUCUUUACAACAAACACUCACAACUUGACCUUUGUACUUCAUUAGCAUCGACUCAGAACGCAGGUCUGAUUGAGCUUGAAAGAGAUAAGAUGAAGAUUUCUAACAAGGUCUUUGUUAAACGAUUUGACAGGUCAGUGACAAAGACGGUUUGUCGUCGGAAGUCGCUGUUGUCUGACGGAUCACUGAAAGGAGUCCGAUUGUUAAUUAUGGUUGGUAGUUAUUCUGAAUCGCCGGUUUUACAGCGUGCAGUUACGGAUACAUUGCCUGAUAUUCAAGUUGUGACACCUGUCGGUGCAUCAUCGGUUGUAUUAAGGGGUGCUCUAAUAUAUGGACACAACCCACUAUCAAUUAGUGUCAGAAUUCUCAAAUAUACCUAUGGCACGAAAUGCGCACACCCUUUUCUUGAAGGAGUAGAUCCAGAAAGUAGACGUUUGGCAUCUAGAGACGGCAUAGAUAGAUGUAUUGCCUUCAGCAAACUUUUACAAAUCGGACAGGUAGUGAAAACGGGUGAAACACAAGUUAAUAGAACUUUUUUUACUCAUUCAAAAGAUCAGAAAUCCUUGAUCUUUGAACUUUAUGCUUCAGAAAGAGAAGAUCCAGUUUACAUAGGUGAUGACAAAUGCUUUAGAAUAGGACAGUUAGAGAUGAUAUUUGAUGGGGACAGUAAUACGAGUGAAAGAGAGGUCUCAUUAUCUAUGUUAUUUGGCGGCACAGAAAUCAUUGUUGAGGUCGAAGACAAAUGUACUGGUACGAAGAAGAUAACCUCUGUUGAUUUUCUUGGUUAACAUAGUAAAACAUUUGUGCUAGUUACUAAAUGUUUUUAUUCUGGCAUAAAAGGUGAAAUAGUCAAACAUAAUAAUUUUCAUAAUCUGUUUGGCAAUAAUGUUUUCUUGGAAAUUUAAGUAUUUAAGUAUAAGUUUUAUGUGGAUAUCCGUGAUAGCUUUAGAGAAAUUCAUGAAAAUAUAGAAAAUAAAAAUAAGAUAAUUUAGCAAAAUGACGUUAAGCGUUGUGUAUCCUUUAAUAAUGCAAUCCAAAUUGUGUUAUGCACAAGUAUUCCAAAUUAAAUGUGUAUAUCAUUGAUAGUUUGUGAGAAAUUAACCUUAACAAGAAGGCAAAAAAGUCACUCAAAAUAGGGAAUAACUUUAUAAGAUUAUCUGCCCUUGUGAUUUUGCAUUACAUGAUAAUAAUGAACAUGUAAAACAGAUUUAAAGUGAUCAAGUGAAGUAGCUUUUUGAGAAAAUAAACUGUAACAUUUUACAUUACAUUUUACCUAUUAAAGGUCACUGUGAUCUUGCCAUUUGACAUUUUGACUAGAAAUUUGAGUGACAGGUAGAACUUAUCAAGGUGUAUCCAUAACUGCAAUUUCAAUGUCAAAGUUGUAUCAGUAUUGAAAUUAAUGAACAUACACGAAACUUUACCAAAAUGGUAAAACAAACUCCAACGACAACGAAUGGGUCAAGAUAAUACCUCCACUUGUUUCUUUGAAAAGUUGAGGUAUUGACGUUUACCAAUUUAAAUGUUCUAUGUAAGAUAAAUUUAAGUAAUAGGCGAAUGGUAAUUUUAUUUGUUAGGAAGUAAAAUAACCUCACCAGGAAAGGUACACUGUUCAAAAAUUCAAGAGAGUGUAGAUCAAUAGGAGAGAAAAUCGUUUUAGAGUUCUACAGAAGCCAGUAUUAUACCCAACUAUUUACGACUAUUUGACUGUCACCACGAACAGGAAUGGGACAAACAGUCCGUUACAGAGGUUAUUUAAAGACAAAACAGAUAACUGAUCUUGGCUAAAUGUUAUAAGGUUUUGGUGGCCCUCUACCACUCUGUCAUCAAAAUGUUUGCUAGCCCCUUAUAAAAAGAUUUGAACGCAUAUAGGCAAACAUUGUCAGAGGGAAAGUAAUGUAAAACUUAGGAUUAAGUUUUUUAUGACAUACAUUUCAUCG